GUAAAAUUGGAAAAAUUAUGCAUGUGUUGCAGUACCUGUUGCAGUCGGACUUGUGUUAUUGAAUCAGAAAGAUUUGUUCAAUACAGAGAUUUUGAUUGUUUGAUUGCACAUUGGUGUACCGUAUACUGGAUCUGAAGUGGAACUGACGAGGUGGGGAUUAAGACCUAAGGUAUGGGGAAGUCCAGUAAAGACAAGCGAGAUGUCUACUACAGACUGGCUAAGGAGGAGGGCUGGAGAGCUCGCAGUGCAUUCAAACUACUACAGAUCAAUCAAGACUUUAACCUUUUCCAAGGUGUAAAAAAAGUGGUAGAUUUGUGUGCGGCACCAGGAAGUUGGAGUCAAGUGUUGUCAAGGAAACUCAGAGGUGAGGAUGGGAAAGGUGAGGAUGUCAAAAUAGUAGCUGUAGAUCUGCAGGCCAUGGCACCAAUCCCAGGAGUGAUACAACUACAGGGGGACAUUACAAAGAAAUCAACAGCCCAGGAAAUCAUUGGCCAUUUUGAAGGAGAACAAGCUGAUCUUGUAGUGUGUGACGGAGCACCAGAUGUGACUGGACUUCACGACAUUGAUGAGUACAUUCAAGCACAACUGUUAUUAGCUGCUCUGAACAUCACAACCCAUGUCCUGAAGAAAGGUGGAACAUUUGUUGCCAAGAUAUUUCGAGGCAAAGAUGUGACAUUGCUGUAUUCACAACUGAAAAUAUUUUUUCCACUGGUGUCCAUUUUUAAGCCAAGGAGUAGCCGGAAUUCCAGUAUAGAGGCUUUCGUUGUCUGCCAGGGCUAUGCCCCACCUGAUGGCUACCAGCCUAACAUGUCUAACCCACUUCUUGAUCAUCGCUAUGAUGUAGAUUUUAACAACCUAGAAGGCCCUAAUAGAGUCAUAGUUCCCUUCUUGGCCUGCGGAGACCUCAGUGGAUUUGACUCCGACAGAACCUACCCACUCCAGCUAGAGGAAGGGAAGGAGUACACAUACCACCCCCCUACUCAGUCUCCCAUCAGUCCACCCUACAAAGAAGCCUGCCACCUCAGGAGAACUGACCAACUCGCCAAACAGGAAGUUCAGACAUCUUGUCCUGCUGCCGUGACAACAGUAAAUGCUGACAGCUCAGAAGUUCAGACUGUUGCAGGUGCUUGUGGUGGAGAACAAAGUUUUUCUCAUAAAAGUGAUAAUGACAGUAUUGAUAAGAAAACAUCUCUUGAUGAGGACACACACCAAGGCUCGGACACUUUAUCUGUGCAAUCAAAAUUGAGCGACAUGACGCUGAAUACUUAAUAUAUCUUGUAUAAUAAAUCAAUAAAAGCGUAAAACAGA